CUCACAGAUCCCAUACACAUUUCUUCUAUAUUCUAUAGUCUUGGCACACGCAAAUAGUAAGAAAAGUACUCCCAUAAAAUCUGUUGAAAAAUAAAGUGUGGGACAAAGAGCCGUAGCACUGUGUCCAACUCCUCUCCAAGUCUUCCAGCCAACAACCUCACAACUACUCCAAUUUCCGUGCUAAUUUUCUCCUCUGUUCCUCCUCCUCCUCCUCCUCCUCCUCCUCCUCCUCCUCCUUCCUUCUUUUAAUUCUCCUCGUGCUCUUCUCCCUAGUUUUUUUUUUUUUCCAUUUUAAAGCUAGUCAGGAUGGGGUGCACCACUACUCUGUUCCUGGUUCCUACCCAAUUAAAGCAACACCCUUCUUCCUUGGAUCUAAAAAGAACUCCUCUCCUCUUCCUUGGGAAGCGGCCUAGAGGAAAACGAGCCAUCGUGCCGGUGGCGAGGUUAUUUGGACCGGCGAUCUUCGAGGCGUCCAAGUUGAAGGUAUCGUUCCUCGGAGUGGAUGAGGAGAAGCACCCUGGGAAGCUCGCCCGGACCUACACCCUCACCCACAGCGACAUCACCGCGAAGCUCACCCUCGCCAUUUCGAACACCAUCAACCGCGCCCAGCUCAAGGGCUGGUACAAUCGGCUUCAGAGGGAUGAGGUGGUGGCAGAGUGGAAGAAGGUCCAGGGCAAGAUGUCUCUCCACGUCCACUGCCAUAUCAGCGGCGGCCACUUCCUCCUCGACCUCAUCGCCAACCUCCGUUACUACAUCUUCUGCAAGGAACUCCCAAUAGUUUUGAAGGCGUUUGUUCAUGGGGAUAGGAAUUUGUUCAACAAUCACCCGGACCUGGAGGAGGCUCUGGUGUGGGUCUAUUUCCACUCUAAUCUACCGGAGUUCAACCGGGUGGAGUGCUGGGGGCCGCUCCGGGAUGCGGCUUCGGGCGGGUGGGGGAAGCCCGGGGAGUCGCCGUCGCCGACGCCGCCGCCGCCGCCGGAGUCGUCAUGGGAGUGGCCGCAGCGGUGCCCGGUGGACUGCGACUGCUGCUUCCCGCCCCGAAGCUUGAUCCCCUGGCCGCAUGACUCGGACUUCCACGAGGAGUACCGGGAAUCCGCCGGGCAACCCCAGUAGGAGCGAGGUGAUGAAAUUGAAAUGGAAAGAAGAGGGGACUCCAUUGGUGAUUCUUUAAAAUAUUGAAUGCUACCAUCGCCUGUGUCAAUAGUGCAGACUCCAUAGCCUAUGGUGUAUUAUAUAGGCAUAAAAUUGUGCAGUAAAAGGACCAAUUGUGUAACUGAUUGAUGGAAAUCCAGUUGCUUUAGAAUGAAUCGAUCCAAUUGGAGCUCCUUGCGUGACAUGACAAUGGCAGGACAAAGCAGCCGAUGCAGCAGGAAGAUGGGAAUGGUACUCACUAAGCUAACGUAUCAUCUGGACCCAUGCGAUCGGGACACCUUUGGAGGUCGGAACCGUGGUGAGGAGAGAAGCAUGUGUUAAUCGAUUUUCUCAGUGAUUGUUUACAAGCUUAUCACAAAUUGUGCGACAUGAUCGGAUUUUCUUUUUUUAUGAAAAAUAUGCCAGGGGACUCGAAAAAUUAUUA